UAAAAAAGCAAAGCAAAACUCACAACACAACACAUAAGAAAGGUUGGAUUCGAUCUCAAUCUCAUCACUGACAUUAAUGGCGGGUGUUGUAUCUUGUUGGAGCUUUUUGGGUUUUGGUUACUUGAUACUAUUUCUGUGUAUAAACCCAUAUGGGUGUGUGGGUUCUAAUAACAAGGUCCAAGUUUCAUUGUACUACGAGUCAUUGUGUCCGUACUGUGCUAAUUUCAUCGUCAACCAUUUGGUCAAGCUCUUCCAGAACGGUUUAAUCUCCACCGUUGAUCUCAGGCUUGUUCCUUGGGGUAAUGCUUCUCCCAAUCCUGAUGGCUCUAUCUCUUGCCAGCAUGGAGUAGAUGAAUGCUUGUUGAACACAAUAGAGGCUUGUACUAUUACUGUUUAUCCUGAUGUGAAUCGACACUUUAGAUUUAUCCACUGUGUGGAGAGACUGAGUUUGCAGAACAGACACAAUGAGUGGCAAAAUUGUUUUCAAAUUUCAGGGUUGGGCACUGUCCCCAUUGAUUGUUACAACAUUGGCUACGGCAAUGUGAUUGAACAUAGAUAUGGAAAUGAAACAGCUAUGCUUAAGCCUGCACAUAGAUUCGUUCCAUGGGUCAUAGUCAAUAAUAAACCAAUUCAAGAGGAUUAUAUAAACUUUAUGGCUUACAUUUGCAAGGCUUAUAAAGAGACUUCUAAACCAGAGGCUUGCAAUUCAGUUUCAUAUGAGAGUAAUAUUAAUGAACUAAAUGAUCAGAAAGUAGACUCAAUUCCUCAAGUUUGCUAUGAAGGUGAAUCAAGAAGUUUUACAUCAUUAGGGCUAGCUCACAAAAUCCCUAAAUAAUAUAAUAUAAUGUUAUUUUAUAUAAAAUAUAGUAAUAUUAUUGGUAUAACAAUCUUAUCCCAAACAAAGUGUUUGGUAUAAUAAUAUUAUUGGCAAUGAUUUGGAUCAAAAUUUAAGAUUUGGGUUUUGUUUAUAAGUUAUAAA